GAUUCCAUGGCCUUAAGCACUGAGCAGUCACAUCACUGCAGCUCAAAGGCAGGAAAUGCAUUUUACCACAGUUUCCAAGGAAGUAAGGAAAUUCUGUGUUAUUAAGGUAUAGCUCUUGCUGUUUUGUAUUCUUAUACUGAAUGCCAAAGGGAGCCUUCUACAUCUAGACCACUGAGGGGCCUUUGGGUUCUGUGUUAGCUGUGACUCAGUCCAUUGUGAAUGACCUCCAAGAAAGAUUCCUGAAUUAUCAUGCUGGACAUGUAACUAUAUUUUGUAAUAGAAACAGCUUCCUCAGACAUGUGUCCAAGUGAAAGUUGAGCUGUAGCUUGGAAUGACUUUCUGUUCAUCCCAGGCCUACCAUGGGGAGACACAUUCAUGGAGCCAACUGCUCGAAAGGGCUCCUGGCUCAGGUUUCCCAAGAGCACCUGCUCAUCAUUUAGGCAUCUGAAACCUUUGGAUAGAGUGUAUGAGAUGUCUGUCUGACUUACAAGGAAAGCUCUGCAGCUCUGAACUAAGGGAAUGAAAUGGCUCUGGAAGAGAAAGAUGAGAGGGCUCAAGAAAUGGCAGAGGCUGCUGGGUAAAAGGCAGGCAUCUGUAGGCUGAGAUGGCAGAGAGAGGAGCACACUUCUAAAAAGAAAAAGGAAUCACUUCACAUUAGCCACUACAGCAUUCAGAACACUUGACAAUUAGGUUUAAAUCCCAUCUUCUGUUGAUUCUUUCUCCUGGAAAAAUGGCUUAAGCUGGGAAGUAGCAGCUGAACAAAUAUUUGAAGUUGAUGAAGGAGUGGUCUUCCAUGUAUUCACCAGCUUGGUAGCCUCUGAAGGGAGCCAAUAAAUGCUGAGUCUUUGAACUCUACCCUCAAAGAACAGAGGACACAAGAUCAAAUACAAGAAAUAAUAUUGACCAAUGUAGGACAGUAUAUUAACUUUUGAAUUAUCUCUGUCCUCACGAGAAUGGAGCAUGCCACAUGAGUAUAUUCAGAGAAGAAAAUGCAGUUUAGUCUCUGAAGUUUUCCAUUUCAAUCUCUGAUUCAGUAGAGAUAGACUAACCAUCCAUCAUUCCCUAGGUGGCUUUCAUCUGAAAAACUGCAGCAACUGGAGGGUGGAGGAGAGGACUAUGAAUCCUGCUCUGACAUGUCCAACAGAUGCCUUCUCCAGGGAGAUUCGGCUGUAGCCACUCUGACCCACAUGAAUAAGCAGGAGAUCAAAUGGUUACCCUGUGAAAUAUGGGCCCUUACUCAUUUAUACACAGCUGCUCCUGGGGCGUCAACUACUUGAACAGCUUUCUCUGCUGCUUUCUUAGGGCUGCUUUCUUAGGGUGCAUCCUGAGCUGGAACCAUAUCCUUUGCUAGGCAUUUAUCUUGAGCAGUGGUUCUGCAGUAACAAUGUUUGAGAACUCCUGAUCUAGAGAGCUAGGUGGAGAGUAUACUCCAUGUACACAUGAACACUCUGUGUGUGCACACAAACACCCCCCACACAAAGACACUGCAUCCACUCCCCUGUAGUGUAAGGUCAACCAGUAAAUACUUCAGUGCACCAAUCAGUGGUUCUUAAGCUUGCUGCAUAGCAGAAUCACCAAGGGGGCCUAAAAGCUUCUGAUGCCCAAGUGACAUCCCAGACCACUACAUUCAGGAACCCUGGGAGUGAUAUUCCAGGUUAUUGCACCGUGCAGCUAAGUUUGAAAAUCAGUACAGGAGAGUACAAGUUUCUCGUGACAAGAUGCUCUUGCAAUCCAUUUACUCUUUCUAAAAGAAAACAUUUUAAUUUUAUUUUUUAAAACCUUUAAGCAGAAAGGAAUUUAUUUAUUGAAUUAGAUAUUUACAAAGUUACUGGAAGGACUGUAGGACUCUGGUCUGGGCUUCUGGGAAUGAUUCUCAAGACAUGGCAGAACCAGUAAUGCUGGGGAGCACGCUAUCCUUGCAGCGAGCAGGAACUUGAGAGGGAACUAGCAGGCAGCCGUCUACUGCCCCCACCCCGCUCUAUCAGCCUAUCUUACACUACUUCUAUCAUAGUUAUUGAUUUCAAUACCCUUGUAAAUGAGCCUUCCACACCCCUGGCCUCUCAGUCCCUUGAUCUACUCUCCUAGUCCACUCCUGUCUCCUGAAUGCCUGUAUCCUGCCCUUUGUCUUCUCAGACCUCUAGCUCCUCCACCAUGCUCAUUUUUAGGGGUGAUCUUCUUGUUUUACACUGUGACAUACAAGCAACUGGAGGGAUCAAAAACAUUUUUAUUUUUAUAAAUUGCCAAAUCUCAUACAGGCUUACUUCUGCUUCUGGCUUUGAUGGAGUAACCAUGAUUGGACAUACCCUCUCACAGUAAACAAGGAGAAAGCAGAUGAAAUAUAUGAGGCAACUGUUUUGGACAUUAAACAAUAGACAGCAUAGGACUGUGAUUGACAGGAGAAGUAAGCAGUGUGGACUUUCUGUUCAACUGUAUGGAGGCACUAUCCAGAUUGCAGUGAAGGGAGGGCAAUCUCAAGAGCAAAGGAGAAGACAAGGCUGGAAUUUUGGACAAGUGAGGUGUUUGAAAAUUUGAGGGCCAGAAUUAUGGGGAGGAGGGAGCUGCCUGAAGAAAGAGCUUGAAAAUCUGCAUAAAGGCCCCUGGGAAUAUUAUGUUAAAUACUGAACACAGACAUGAAGGCUGAGACUCCAUGAAGCAGGGCAAAAAACAAUCACACGUGAACUGAGGGGUCUCUAGAACACACAUGGGACUGGGAGAUGUUUACAUAUUGGUCAAUCAUAGUAAAGAGUCCUUGUUGAAACUCUGAGGUACUCAGUGGACACACUGAAGGGCCAUGCUUUAGGAGAGAGAAUAAACCAGCUCUGGAGUCAAGGACCCUCAGAACUGGCCCUACGAAUUUAUCAGAAAACUUUAAAAGCUUAAGUGGAACAACAAGUAAUUUAAGUGCCUGCCCGAAUAAAGUCAAAUACCUUUUAAAGGAAUGCAUAUUUUUAAAAAAUCCAGCAUCAACAUUGUAAAAUGCACAGUCCAGGAUCUAAUUUAAAAAAGUACUAGACGUGAAGUAGAAAAAAAUAUAACCUACUACUACAAGGAAAAGCAUUAAUCAUAAACAAAAUAAAAAAUAACAAAGGUAAUGGAAUUAGAAGAUAAGUAUCUUAAACCAGUUAAUAUAAAUACCUUCAAGGAUUUAAAGGGAAACAUAAGCCUAAUGAGGAGAGGAAUGAGGGAUUUUUAAAAAUGGAAUUUCUAGACAUGAAACACCAUCUGAAAUGGAAAAUUCCAUUGGAAGGGAUUAACAACUGAUUAGACACUAAGAAGGAAGAAAAAAAAUCACUGAUUUGAAAGCACAGCAAUGGAAACUAUGCCCUGAAACAGAGGGAAAGAAAGACAAAAUGAACAGAGCCUUAGUGGCCAGGGGACAAUAUCAAGCGUCAUGUGUAAUUAGGGUUUUAUAAAAGGGAGAGGAAAACAGAAAAUUAUUUGAAGAAGCAGUGACUUUUUCACAAAUAGGGUGAAAAUUGUCAAUCCACAUAUUCAAGAUACUCAACAGAACCCCAAGCAAGGUAAGCCAAGGAAACCUCACAUACUACAAUAAAAAUUUUAGAAAGCCCAAUAUAAUAAAAAUAAAGAGAAAAUUUUGAAAGCAGCCAGAGAAAGGAACUACACAUUAAAAACAUUGUAGAAGAUAAGAAUCUGUGGACUUCAAAUCAGCAACAAUAUAGGUCAGAACACAAUAGAAUGACAUCUUCAAAGUGCCAAAAGAAAAAAAGCUAUCAACCUAGAAUCUCUGUUCAGUGAAAAUAACUUUAGAAAUAAAAGAGAAAGACAUUCUCAGAAGAGCAAAGUCUGAGAGAAUUCAUCACCAGGAGACCUACACUAUUAAAAAAUAUUAAAAGAAAUUUUCUUAUGUGGAAGGAAAAUAAUACCAGAUAAAAUCUUGAAACUUGAAAAAAAAAAAAAGACUGGAAAUGGUAAAUAUAAUUUCAUUUUAAAAAUUAUUUUUCUUACCAACAUGUAACAAAUAUGUAAAAAUUAUUAAUGAGGUAUUUUAUACUUUUUUUUUUUUUUAGUACUAGUACUAAGUACCUGAAAUCCAUGUGUGUUUUUGUUACAUCCCAUUUCAGGUGAGAUGACCCACAUUUUAAGUACUCAGUAGCCACUUGUGGCUAAUGGUUAUUGUAUUGGGCAGCACAGCUCUGUCCAUUAGCCUUGUUUAUGUCCUCACUUACUAGCAUCUGAAAAUAAUAUGUCUUUGUUUUAUUUAUUUUCUGUCUCACCCUACUAGAAUGUAAACUCCAAGAGAAAAAGAACAUUGACUUGUUCACUGCUUAACUUUCUGUUCAAGAACAGAACCCAGUACCUGGUAGAUGCUACUGUUUGUUUCUUGAAUAGAAAACAUUUCAAAGAAGACAUGGACACUAUAUACAGCAGUUAGGAAUCCUAGGAUAUGCACUCUAAGAACAAGAAUGGCCCUUAGAGGAAGUUUAGUCAGUAGAGGCUUUGAAAUUUGAUGGAUAUGGGUUUGAAUCUCAGCCCCAUUACCUAUAGUUGGGCAACUUAUUUAACCUCAAUGCAGGGAUGUCCAAAGUGGGUGUAGCCUGGGAACAACUGGGAAGUAUUUUAUCUCUGACUUUGUUUUGAAUUGCCAGGACAUGAUAAUAAUAAAAAGUCUUAUUUUCCCUAUAAAAACAAAAACCCAGCACACAAUGUGCUCCCUCAUUGUUCCCACCUGGAGUGUAGCAUUCUCAUUGCUCCAUGCUUAGUAUGCGAACACCUCCACCAGCUUGUAUUUUCUCAUCUUUAAAAUGAUUUUUGUCAUUUAGCAAAUAUAUUUAUAGUCCUUAGUAUGCGCUGGGCAUAUUCUCAAUGCUUUGAUAGUAAUCUGUUUAAUCCUAGCAACAAUUCUGGAAGGAAGGUGUUAUUCUUUUUAAUUCCCACUUUCAGAUGAAGAGACCAAGGCACAUGUUUAUAUAUCUGAGGAGAAGCAGAACCAAAUUUUUAGCUCAGGAACACUAGAAAACAUACUCUUAUAUUGUCUUAAAAAUGAGACCGACCAUACAAGGUUGGAGACACCGCAUUCAAAGUGAUCAGCACACUGUCCAGCUCAUAAAAAAUACUCAGUAGACAGGAGUUAUUCUCACUACUGCUAAUAAUAUUUUUGUUGAUUGGGAAUCUGAAAUCACAGGAGGAGUAACCGACCCCUCCAGGCACCCACCACUAUUCAGAAGCAAAGGCAGCUUUAAAGUAUAACCUGCUGAUUCCCAGUCAGGCCAGGUCUGUCCACUGUCAGCCCUUAUGGGAAAUUAAAAAGAAAUAACCACAGGUAGAGUAAGUGUUGACAUUUUGAUUAACUUAACUGAGAACGUGUUGUUUCUCUCAGAAGCUUGAAGCUUCAUUUAUCUGAUCCUGGGAGUUCCCUCACAUCCUCCAGAGGGAUUUUUACAAAGAAAAUGUUUCAAAUGCAUUCUCCCCCACAGCCCCUAAUCCACACAAUAAGAAUAUAUUUAGUAUUCUAAGGCUAUGAUAUACUGUGAUUUUUUUUCUGCUUUUCAUGAAUUUUUAGAGCACAAUUUAAGCUUUCAAAAACUUUUAAAUUAUGGUAUGAUUCACAUACAGUAAAGUGUACCAAUUUUAAUGUGCAAUUGGAUGGAUUUUUACAUGCAUAUACAAAUGUGUCACUACCACCCAGAUCAAGGGAGAAUAUUUUUGGCACUCCAGAAGGUUCCCUCAUGCCCUCCCAUAGAAAACUCUCCACCAAAGGUAGCACCAUUCUGAGUUCCACCAAUUUAAGAUUCAUUGUCUGGUUUUAACUUAAUUUACAUGGAAUUAUGGGUCUGGCUUUUUUUGUUCAGUGUUGUGAGACUUUUCUGUAUUGUUGUGGCAUGCAGUAUUACAUUUUAAAUUAUUGAAUAGUAUUCCAUUUUGUGAAUAUACUAGUUUAUUUCCCCAUGAUUCAUUUUUGGUCAUUUCAUGAGGUUUCUGUUUGGGGGUAUUAUGAAUAAAGCAUCUGUGAAAUUCUUGUGUAUUUUAUUUGCUGGAUAUAAAAGCUUAUUUUUAUCAGAUACAUACCUCUACAUGAAACUGCUGGGUCAUAAGGUAUGGGUAUGUUUAAGGUUAAUAGAUAAUGUAAAAGAAAUGUCCAAAGCAGCUAUAGCAAUUUACACUCCCACAGCAGUGUAUGAGACUUUUGGUUACGCUAUAUCCUCAUUGACACUUGGUAUUUACCUUGACUCUUUAGAAUAAUCUGUAUUUUGGACACUGAUUCAUUAACAUAUCAUGUGUCAGAUAACAGAUAAGUCAUUGAUUAACAAAAAAUUACAUUUCAUUAGGCAAUUCCAUCUACAAUGAAAUUUCAACAACAAAAAAUUUCCAUUGACAGUGAAAUCAAGGGCUAUAGGCAUCUUUAUUUCUUAAAAGUCAACGUUACUGAAGUGCAAUUCACACACAAUAAAAUUUAUUAAGUGUAAAGUUUUUGAGUUUUGAUAAUUGUGUCCAGAUGUGUAACCUCUAUAGUAAUCGGUAUUUUCAGCACCGUAAAAACAUCCUUUAAGUCCUCGGAACUUAUUCCCCUCUUCCCAACUCCUGGUCCUUGGUAGCUGUUGAUCUACUUUCUUUUACUAUAGUUGUGUUUUUUCCAGAAUUUUUGCAUGAAUGAUGUCAUACAGUACUUUCAUGUCCGGAUGCUUUUGCUUAGCAGAAUGUCCUUGAGAUUUAUUCACAUUAUUGCUUUUAUCAGUAGUUCAUUCCUUUUUAUUGCUGAGUUGUAUUUCAGUGUACUCAUGUAGAGGUUUCCCCUACUCUCCGAAAGCAUAGUGUUCCUAAGAAAGCUUUCGCAAGCCAAAAUGAUUCCCAGAAAUCGGCAAAAAGAGAAGUAAUUACCAUUAAUUUAUAUGGGAAAAGUCUUGAGGGUUCCCAGAUUUAAAAAACACGCCUCUUAGGCUUUUGUGAUACUUUAGGACACAUCUUGCUAACGGAUGCACUAAAGAAACCGAGAUAAAGCAGAGAUGCUCACAGACACAGUCCGAAAGCUCCGGCGGCUUGGUGCUGGUGCCGCGAGCGCGGCCCUGGGAAGGAGCCUGGGAGGCCGCCGGCCGCUCUGGGCUCCCGGCUCCCUGACUUGCGGCAAAACAGCCGCUGGACGCUAUUUUCACUCUCCGCCUUCUGUCGUAAAAGCGAACAUCCUCUUCAGGUUUCUUUCGGGAAGUGGAAGCAGGAGUAUAAAGAAUGAUCCUGGUUGCUUAGGAAGUUGGCCAGGAGUAAGCUUGUGGUCAAAUGGAGAUGACACAUUCCAACUGUGGGAAAUAUUUGACGUUUAUUCUAGUGCCAUCCAAGAAAAACGCCCCUCACUUUGCUGGCGUGAAAUGAGCAUGGACAAGAGGGUUUCUUUCCUAUGGAAGAAUAAAUGUGCUGUAGAGGUGUUGCUAGUCUCUGAAAGAUGGUACCUUACAGGCAUUCUUGAAACUCUUGGUCAGGCAGCAGUGUACAACUUACUGACUACAGAGGGACAACAUGGGAAAGAAGCUCCAAAGAUUUCACCUGGAAGUUGUUGUCUUUUGAGCAUCAUGCAGGGUCUACAAACCCCCAUUCAUGCUUCAGCAGGAGACAGAGAAAAAUUCCAGAGUAUUGGCAGAGAAUUUCAGCAGGCUGUUUUGCUAAAGCAUACAGGAAACUUAACAAAUUUAUAAAACCAUAGACUGUGGUAUCUCUUGACAUCUCAAAUUUAAGCAGUCGUAAACAAAGGGAAUUGAAAUAACUAGUGGUUAGAUUUGAAUUCUAUGGGUGCAGAAAUAGUAAAAUCUGUUUCUACCGGAUUGGGACAUGCUUAUUCAUUCAUUUAUUCAUUCAGCAAGUGUUUGUUGGGACCUACAACAUGCCAGCUACUGUGCUAGCGUCUAGGUAUGCAAUGGUGAGUAGCACAGACACAGUCCUUGUAUUUAUGGCUUUCGUAGAGUACAAAACAAAGCAUUCCAAAUUUGUAUAAGGGCUAUGAAGGAAAUGAUCAAGGUCUGGUAAGAGAGCACUAUGGGUGGUAUGAGGCGUCUCAGUGGAUAGUGUGGUCUGGUAAGCAGGCUGGUGGGGAAAUGCCAAUUAAGAAGAAGCUUGAAGUAUGAGGAGAUAUCCAUUCAAUCAUAGUGGGAGGGUAAAAGAGGACUGGGUGUGGGAAUAAGUAUGAUCAUGUCAAUAAACUGAAAGGAAGUAUGAGCAAUAGAAAGUUCUUCCAUUGAUAUGACUGAGCUUCCACACCACAGUUUUAUGUCCAUUAGAUUAAUUUCUCUAGAGAGAGAAUCUGAUUGGUCCAGGCUGAGUCAGGUAUCCUGCCCUGCCAAUCUUCUAUGGCCAGUAGGGCAUCAUCAGGCAACCAAACACUAUUGCCUGGGGAUUUUCUCUGGGUGGGGAGUUAGCAUUUCAAGCAGCGGGUCUGUCCUCGCCUGGGUGUGGGUGCAUACUGGAUAUUGCCCCUGGCACAUCCCGUUGCUCUUUGAAAGUCUGUGAAUGAAUGAAUAAGUGGGCAGUGCUGAUCUACAGAGCAAUACUAGGCUAUGUGGUGAGAAUUCAGGGACUCCAAUUUGGUCUUUACCUUAAAUAAUGGUAUAAAUUUUACUUAUCAACACUCAAGGGUAAGAAAUGCCACUUGUGCUUAUUUCUUUAAAUUACAUAUGAUCAAUUCAAGCAAUCCUACCUCUCUACCCCCGCCUGGCCAGCAGAAAACCAAAUCUUAGGAUUUGGGGGGUCCUUUUCCACUCCCAGUUUAGGAAAAUAUUCUAAGGGCCCAUAUAAUUGCAGAAGACUUGGAAAUGGCCCCCCCUGUGUUUAGCCCUAUAUAAGCUCAUGAGGUCUCUUAAGGGUGAGACCUCCACCAUCUCCAGACCACCCCAGGCAUGGCUCGUCAGGGUCUGUGCUCUAACAUUCUUAGCUGCCCUAGCAGAGGACAUGCCACUGGGGUCUGAGAAUGUCAGUGAAGAGGGAUUCUGCUACUCAUAGAAUCAACCUCAAACUAUUUCCUCCAUCUUUUAUCUCAGGAAAACCACCUGUGGAUGGAUGUCUGAUUCGGGGGCUUUUUUUGGUCUUGAGGAAACAAUAGCUCUGUGUGCCAGACAGUAGAAUGAAGGUGCAACUCUGUACCUCUGUGGACUGGAAUCUGGAUCAGGAUGUGAAUGGAGCCCCCCGGAAUUGUUCGGCUGGCCUUGCAAUGACAAAAAAAAGCCUAUGACUGUUUUACUAAGCCUCCAUUACAUGGGCACCUACUAUGCGCUGGGGAUUUUUUGUGUACAUUGUCUCUGAUCUUCAAAAGAACUUCUAUUCCAUUGUAAUAUGAAGACUAAAACUCACACAGGUUGAUGUAUUGACUGGGAAUACACAGCAUGUAAGUUGCAAGGCUGUAAUUAACUCAGGUAUGUUUAUUUUACUAAAGGAUCAUGUCAGUUUCCGGUAUUUAGUGUAGUUAAUUGAGGGAGGGGAAUCCAGUUGCUUUGCCCAACUCAACAUAUAUUCUUUAUUUUAUUUAUUCACUUAAAAAACAUGGAACACUUUACAAAUUUGUGUGUCAUCCUUGUGCAUGGGGCCAUGUUGAUGUUCUCUGUAUCAUUCCAAUUUUGGUAUAUGUGCUCCUGAAGUGAGCACCAUAUAUUCUUUAAACCCAUCCCUUCUGAAAGAAACUCAUAUAAUGUUUUCUAAGCAAAUCAGUAUCUAUUGAUUUAACAAAAGGUUUGAUUUUUGGUUGAUCAAUGAGCAAAGCACACAAAAUGGAGACUACCAUAUUUCUAUUUUUUGGUCAUGAUAAUCCUGGCUGUUUUGUUUCAGGGAAGGCAUUUGUUUUCUUGUUACACAGUAUGUUGUGACCCUCCUGCCCAAACCUUAAAACCAAACAUGUUGUCUGACAUUGAUUUUCAUUCCCCUUUCAAGUGCCAGGGACAAGUCUGACAUACAGAGUUUGGACCCCAAAAUGUUGGUUUUAGACACUGGUGGUUAAUGAUAGGAAGGGCAAAUACAUUUAAUCUCAUAUGAACUCAAUUCAGGUGGUAAUGGCUACCCAAGCUGCAGUGUUGAGGAGGAUUCUGAAGCUAUUUCUAGGCUCAGCAGGAAAGAUUGAUCAGUGACGCCUGUCACAGAAGUGGCAUGGUGGAAGUCUGAGACAAUGUUAACCCAUUUGUGUGGGUUGGAGGGCAAAGUAUUUGAAAGAAAUGAUCAGAAAAGUCAGGACCAUAGAAAUGGUAAGUUUAUCCUGGAAACCAAUUUUCAUGGUUUGUGAAAAGAAUUGUGGAAACACAGAGGACAUGAGGGAAGCAGAGGAUACCUAAGUGAAGGCUGAUGGGCUGAUGGCAAG